AUGUACGAGUGUGUGCGUGCAAGCGUGUAUUGUGAACUAAAGUUUGGCACUUGCCAUCAGCCUCUACAUGGAGUAGAACAUGAGCCAUUGCAACUGCCAACCUUCAGCACCCCGAAUGGAGCUCAGGCUGGCUGCAGAGGAUUAGAUUUACGAGAGAACAUGAAAGGUGCACAGACCUUUAAAAUUCAUAUUGGGCCUUUUCACGAAGAUGGCACCAAAGAUGAAGAAGAAGCCCCUACCCCUCCCAAAGCUGAAACCAAAGCAAGGGCUUUGAAGGCCAACAAAGCAGUGUUGAAAGGUUUCCACACGCAAAAAAAAAAGAUCUGGACGUCACCCACCAUCCAAAGGCCCAAACACUAAGGGCUCAGGAGGCAGUCCAAAUAUCCUUGAAAGAGCACCCUUAGGAGAAACAAGCUUGACCACUAUGCCAUCAUCAAUUCCCCUCACCACUGAGUCACCCAUGAACUAGAAAGAAGACAACACACACUUGUGUUCACUGUGAAUGUCAAGGUCAAUAAGCACCAGAUUCAACAGGCUGUGAAGAAACUCUAUGACAUGGACAUGGCUAAGGUCAACAUUCUGAUCAGGCCUGAUGGAGAGAAGAAAGCAUACUUUUGACUGACUCCAGACUAUGAUGCUUUGGGUGUUGCUAACAAAAUUAGGAUCAUCUAA